AUGAAAAAGGUUGAAAAAAGAUCUAAGGAGACCGAGAGAAGAAAAGCACUCGACGUGUUGUGUUCCUGGUCAGCUUUGUUGUUGUCUGUAGUGUGUUGCAUUGCACUGAUUCACUUGGAACUCAGAAUACAGGAACACGAUCGGCUGAUAUCACACUCAGUAACAAGCUGUGAUCAGAUGGAGACAGAAAUACUCCGAAAAUUACAACCGCACAAUUACGAAAACUGGCAAGCUACAAAGGAAAUCCAUUUAGGAGGUCAUUUGCAAGAGACAAGAGGUAUAAAAUGGCGUCUGUUACUAUUUUUGUCAUUUUGCACGGCAAUAAUCGUGUUCCUUGGUGGUGAGAGCUACCAAACCAGCUUCCAAAUCCUGAAAUAGAUCUUGGUAAAAGAAAACGGUAGCUUUUCGUUGUUAUCCUACGCAAGGCAAACUUUUUCCUUCACUCAGGUUUAUAGACAAUUCGUAUUCUGGCUAUUUUCACCCCUACUUCCUUCGAUUUUUUCUUGUUGCACUAUGAAUCAUCAUGCAGUCCACAUAUGCCAUAAUAAAGAUGCUAUGUGUCUGCCCGAACUGAAUUAACACUUUCCCUAUGUUUGUAAUCAGCAGAUCAGAAAGAUGCCUUUUCAAGAAAAAAGCGGGCUUCACCUCAAAAUUCGCAACAGAAUCGUAUCUAAACGGUUUCUGAAGUCAAACGGAUCAUCAAAGAAGAGCUUCGUUUACUGCAAAACCAAAUCUGUGCUAAACAUGAAACAAUUUGCCGAUCAGGACCAAAAGGUAACACUGGACGACGAGGAAAACCAGGAAACCGAGGAAGACCAGGCCACCCUGGAAGACCCGGGCCAGAAGGACCGCCUGGUAAUCACGGACUAAUAGGAUCUCAAGGACCGAUGGGUUUGGAAGGGGAUCUCGGAGUACCGGGUCACCCUGGUCCCGCGGGACCUAGAGGCCUGCCCGGUCAGAAAGGCGUCAAAGGUGAACCGGGGAAGUCCAUUUCGGCUCCUUCUUUGCUUCAGCGACCUGUUGAAACGACUCUUAAUGAAAGUCAGACGGCCCUCUUAAAAUGUGUAGCGGACGGUAAUCCAUUUCCACAGGUCACGUGGUACAAGCUAAAUUCAUCGCUUCCCCUGAACGUUAUAUAG